AUGGCUGCGGAGCAGAGAAAGCUGCUCGAGCAGCUCAUGGGCGCCACCUCGUCGUCGCGCGAUACCCAGAUCACCCUCGACGACGCCAAAGUCUGCCGCUCCUUCAUCGUCGGCACCUGCCCGCACGACCUCUUCACCAACACCAAGCAGGACCUCGGCAUGUGUGCCAAGGUGCACUCCGAGGGCCUCAAGGUAGAGUACGAGGCGCUGCAGGAACGCGAGAAGCAGCGUCUCGGCUUCGAGUACGACUACAUCCGCGACCUCGGCAAGCACGUCGAAGAGUGCAACCGACGGAUCGACUCGGCCCAGAAGCGUCUCGAGAAGACGCCGGAGGAGAUUCGGCAGACGAACGAUUUGGUAAGUCGACGGGUCGAAAGCAGAGCCGUAUACUCGUCGGACUGCGUGCUGACGGACCGUGUGCUGCAGCUUGCCGAGAUUGCCGAGAUCGACGAGAACAUCCAGCUCGGUCUCAAGGAGUGCGAGCUCCUCAACGGCAUCAACCUCGUCGGCAUGGCGAUGGAGGAGUUCUACCACCUCAAGGUCAUGGCCCAGGCCAAGGCGGAGAAGGAACGGGAGCUUAAGGCGCUCUCGGACACGUCCGGACCGUCGGGCCACCAGAAGCUGCAGGUCUGCGAUGUCUGCGGUGCGUACCUCAGCCGGCUCGACAACGACCGUCGCUUGGCCGACCACUUUUAUGGAAAGAUGCAUCUCGGGUACGCGCAGAUGCGCAAGGCGUACGACGCGUUCCCGCGCGAGAUGAGGAGCCGUGCGCGCCAGCAGCCGCCGACGGAGGACGAUGGCCGCGGACCUAAGGGGCCCCGCGGAUACGGCUACGGCGGCGGUCGUCGCGGCCACCGUGGCUAG